AUGGACAUUGGUCAAGUAUCUACGGUGGAGCUGCUACUCUUCACGGACGCAAGCUUCGCGAACGAUCCUGUAGAUCGCAAAAUCAUUAGCGGCAACCACUCAGACAAGGCAGUCACGCUUGUCUCGGAUGGGUUUUACCAGCUUUCGCAUGUGCAGACGUACAUCAUUCCUGCAUAG